AUGCAUCUUGUUGCUGCGUGUGCUGUUGCUUCAACUUCUUGUGUAGCCUGUGAUGCUGCAAGCCUCUACACCUGUGAUGCUGCAAGCCUCUACACCUGCGAUGCUGCAAGCCUCUACACCUGCGAUGCUGCAAGCCUCUACACCUGCGAUGCUGCAAGCCUCUACACCUGCGAUGCUGCAAGCCUCUACACCUGCGAUGCUGCAAGCCUCUACACCUGCGAUGCUGCAAGCCUCUACACCUGCGAUGCUGCAAGCCUCUACACCUGCGAUGCUGCAAGCCUCUACACCUGCGAUGCUGCAAGCCUCUACACACCUGAAGCUGCAAGCCUCUACACCUGCGAUGCUGCAAGCCUCUACACCUGCGAUGCUGCAAGCCUCUACACCUGCGAUGCUGCAAGCCUCUACACCUGCGAUGCUGCAAGCCUCUACACCUGUGAUGCUGCAAGCCUCUACACACCUGAAGCUGCAGGCCUAUACACACCUGAAGCUGCAAGCCUGCAGCUUCGACUAUUGCUGCACCUCUUGCUGUUCUUCUUUCCUCAAGUCUUCUGUUGUGUAGUGUGUUCUACUUGA